ACAGUUUGUUGAGGAGAGUAGUCCGUGUGUAGUGUGUGCUUUUGGGUGAGAAAGAGAGAGAGAGAGAGAGAGAGAGACCGGGGUUAAACAUGGACACGAGAUUAGACAGUAGUUGUAAACCGGUGUUGGUGUCGAGCUGGACAAAGUACCGUCUCCUGGCUGAACACUAACCCGGGAUUAUUAUGCCCAGCGCCAACGUGUCCGUGCGAAGUUUAUCCGAAGUGGAGAAAUACCUCAGCAGCCGUAUGGAUCGGGGUUCUGAGGGCAGUUUCACCAGCAUCCCCUUAUCGAUGCGGAGGGGUUCUUCAGAGAACAACCUUGAUUUUGACGUCAGUGAUGGAAGCCCUGGUCCUGCUCUUGGUUUAGAGGUCCACCGUAGUCGUUCUUGUUUAGACAGCCUCCAGCAAAAGAUACUGAAAGUCACCGAGCAGUUGAAGAUUGAGCAGACGGCGAAAGAAGAGAAUGUAGCUGAGUAUUUGAAGCUGGUGAACAGUGCAGACAAGCAGCAAAUGGGGCGCAUCAAGCAGGUGUUUGAGAAGAAGAACCAGAAAUCAGCUCAACACAUUGCCCAGAUGCAAAAGAAGCUGGAACAGUAUCAUCGAAAGAUGAAAGACAACGAAAUCAGUCAGAGCACAUCCCCUCGCCUGUCUACUGUCAAACACAGCACCAUUCCAAGGGAGUCACCCAGAGAGCUGCUGAAGGAUAUGACGGGCAGUGGCCGCCACCCAACCAUGGACAAGAUCAAGACCAUAGGGCCUGGUGUUUCCCUGUCCCCUCCUUUCUUCUUCAGCAAACCCAGAGAGUUUGCCAACCUUAUAAGGAACAGGUUUGGCAGUGCUGACAACAUUGCCCAACUCAAGACCAGCCUUGACGUUUCCUCUUCAUUGCCCACCGACGGUGCAGAAAAGGGGCUGAGCAGCAGCACCUCCAUGGUGGGAAAGCCUAAGUAUCCCAGUGAUGACGAGUGUUCCUCAGGGAGUGCUUCCAUUUCAGCAGAAAGUAAUGGUAACCCAGCAGGUGGAGGAGCAUCAGCAGGGCAGAAUAACCCAGAUCCGGGCCAGGGCCAGGGGCAGCCAGCAGGUGGCGACAGUCAGAGCAGACUGGCUCUAAACCUGGAGGAGGUGAGGGAGAUCAGAGAUGCUCAGAGCCAGUUGGAGGAAGAUAUGGAGGAACUAAAAGCUCAGUUCAAGAGAGAGUAUGGCAUCGUCAGCCAAACACUGCAGGAAGAGAGAUACAAGUACGGGCAUUUGGAAGAUCAGCUGAAUGACCUGACGGAGCUUCAUCAACAUGAAAUGGCCAAUUUGAAACAAGAACUUGCCAGUAUUGAGGAGAGGGUGGCCUACCAGGCACAAGAGAGGGCCAGGGAUAUACAGGAAGCCCUCGAGUCGUGUCAGACGCGAGUGUUCAAGUUGGAGCUGCAGCAGCAGCAUCAGCAGCAGACAGUCCAGCUUGAGAGCCACGAUGCCCGGGUUUUGCUGGGGAAGAGCAUCAACAUCAUGCUGGCCAUCAUCACGGUCAUCUUGGUGUGCGUGUCCACCGUUGCCAAGUUUGCUGCUCCACUGAUGAGGAGCCGAUACCAUGUGGUAGCUACCAUCCUGGGGAUUUGUUUUUUGACCAUUUUCUGGAAGAGCUGGGACCGUUUACAGUACACCUUGGACAGGCUGUUGUUGCUUGCCUGAUGGAAAAGGAGAACAUACUGAAAACAGUGACGAUGUCUCAGAGGAUUGGUUGUACAAUCGUCAGAACACUUGCAUUUACAGAAAUCACUAGUUUUAAAAAGUUAGCCUGAAAUUUAAAUUAGCUGAUUUUCUUAUGUAGAACUUGAAAGUGUUUAGCUAAUAUUUUCACUUAAUCUCAAAGAUAAUGAUUAUAUUGCAAUUCAUUUUGUUACUUCCCUGAUGAUUUCUAAAACAACAGUAAUAUUUGACUCACAUUUUUACCGUUGAUUUUGGCGAAAUAAUCCAUAGGUCACGUAAAAAAAACGAAUGGCUACUCAUUUUGCUGUAGUGCACCUUAAAAUAUCUCAAAGUUCUUUCAAGCAUGCACAUGAAAACACAAGGAACAUUCUGUGCUUCUGUAGGUAGACUGUGGGGCAAAGCUGUGAAGUACUUUGUAGAAAUAGUUGCACUCAAUAUUUGCACUCUUGAAAAGAUUGGUACCGUUCUCAUGUCUGUGUGGUAAUCACUGGGCGAGAAUCAGCAGCCGUGAAGUAUUGUUUGUGAGGUUUGGAUGCUGGUAGGAAGACCUUGUUACUUUCAGACAGCGAGAGCCAGGCUAGUUAGUUCCUUCUUUUUCAGUCUCUUUUCUAGUUUAAGCUAACACAUUUUUGGUUUUACUUCCAUAUUUUUUCACAAAAUUUGGUAAAUAAUCACAGAUCUUAAAAUGUCACUUACUCUUUUAAAUGAGAAACCUGAAACUCAGAGGAAAUGGACAUCCUCUUUUCUAUGCAUUUAUUUUUUUUUCAUUCCUUACGACAGAGGAGAGUCUCCACCUGUUGGGCUUUUUUUUAUCACUACAAGUGCUUCCUGCAAACUUCCCGCACACUUUUUUUUCCAACAUUCCACAUCUACUUUUCAUAACAGUCACCAUAAGUGAUGAUGUGGGUGUUUUUGUUCACCCAACCUGUGACCAGACGGGCAUACAGGCAGAAGGACCUGUUAGCCUAGUCUUUUUUGAAUCACUCAAAAGUAAAUUUUUCUGUCAUGAGUAUUUUGUGUGUGCGUGUGUGCGUGCGUGUAUUUAUAAAUCGUCUGUCAGGCCACAACACUUUGUCUUGCAGGCUGGAGUUUCCCCAUCCCUGCCUUAUUUCCUCCCAUUGUGUUAUCAGUCAUCUCUUAAAGUUACUCUGUGUUCUGUUCAUCAUAUUUAAAGUGAAAUAUGUUGAUUUUACUAUGAGCACUGUUUGUUUUAAAAAAAAAAAAAAGAAAGAAGAAAAGAAAAAGAUUCAUUUAGGAGUAAGUGUGUUACAGCAAUGUUUUACAGGGUUAUGUAUGGUGGGUGUGUGUAUGUGUGUGUAGGAGGAGUCAUUAAUGUUGGCGUCAGAGAUCGACAACCACUGAAGCCACUGCUGGGCUCUGAUAAGACCAGCUGUCUUCUCUCUGCAGGGCCAAACAUGACUCCAACUCCAUUACUGUCCUGUUAGCAUGUGAUAUCAACACACACCGGCUCACCAGUGCAGUGAUCCUGGUCACACCCAAACAACACAGACACUGUCCACCAUUUACAUGUCUUAUGAGUUUUACUCUGAUAUCUUUUUUACUAAUAAUGCGGUGGAGCGGCAAUGGGUUAUACUGUGAUACAAGACAUUUGAGGAAAAUGCAAUUUACCUUUUUUUUUUUUCCUUUAAUAGAGAAGCAACAAACAGCCUCUAGUGCUCCACUGACGACAGAGGAGCACAGUGCUGUUUCUAAGUGAUGUAUUCUGAGCCUAUUGUAUGGACUAAUGUGUUAUUUCAUAUUCGUCUUACAAUUAUUGCCUAUAUAUAUGUACGGACCACUUUUUUGACGUUUGUUUACCAUUUUAACAUUUGUUUGUUGUUGUUGUUCUACUGACUGUGUCAUAUUUGUUUUUGUUCCCGUUUUGAAAUGUUUGAGGAAGUUUUGCCUGCAGAACUACAAAUCUGGUUUACAUUUUUCUGUUCUCAUCCGGUGCACCAUGUGAUCAAUCACUUUUAUCCUCAUGCAUUAUGUGCCUUUGUCUGAUAAUUUCUGUUAAAUUAAACCAUUUUAAACAAGC